UCCCAGUCGGCAACAGCGUUUUAGUUCACAGCAGCGUGCUGCCCGUUUUGUUUCCUCAGUCACAGCGUUGACAGGGCAAACUCAAUUCACAGGAGCUUCUAAUACGCCGUCAGGUAUUUGUCCAGUAGCCAAGUGGCACGUUACUGCUCCAGCUUCCGCCGCUGACGUGCAUCAUUCGAGCUAAUGCCGCUCAACAAUGCGUGAGGUCCCGCCAGCGCAACUUUGACAGCGAGCGGUAGAAGAUGGAGGAUGAAACUGUCUUUAAUAUGAGUCAGAACAGAGGAUUCCCUUUCCCCCCACCUUUCCCAAAAGGUUUUGGUGCUGAACCUUCGGAACUGUAUCAAAUUGUCUCAACUCAUAGCCAAUACCCACCCAUCCUGCAGACCGAUUCGAUGACUGUGGCAGUUCCCUUUAAAGAGCAGCGUCACCACCGUACUCCCACUGAGUCUAUCGCAAACAACUACAGCCCCAACGCCCAUGAACUGAAAAUUGAUAAACUCCAGCCCAGACGACAGACUCCCUGUCAGUACUUGGUGAAUUCAGCAGGGUCUUCAUCUACCCCGUCUGGAAGUAGACGAGCGAUUACACCAAGAAAAAGGGAUUCAUCCACUUGUGCUUCACACUCAUCUCGAAAAAAGCCUCGACCAAGCAACGUUUGCACGCCCAGCAGCCGGCCCAUGAGUCCUAAAGAGCAGCUGGAUGUCAUGUGCAGCCAAGAGGAGAGGAUGAGGGCCCUGCAGGCAGAACCUAAUGAGAGAGACCUAGAAAGGUAUAUAUACUAUAUCACAACUGGUGUCCCCACCUCCGUGCUGGCCCCACAGCCACAGCAGCAGAUGAUGAACAUUUUGAGCCUGGUGCCUCCUGACACUGAGGAUAGUAGUAAGAAAAUCAAAGCUAUGAGGGCUGAUAUGGAAGAGGAGGUCAAAAGCGAUUAUGUCUUCAGUCUCAAGAAGAGCAUAGUGGACUACAUUCUGAUGGACCCGGAUGAGCGCCAGCGACUCACCAUAGCCAGCAUUCCAAAGCCCUUUUCGAGAAGGGUGAUUCGUGCACCAGUGCCCUGGACCACUAGUUACAGGGAGGCCCACAUGUGGCAGAGCCAACAUCUCUUCACUGCAAGUUACAUUAUGGUCCUACUGCAAGAUGUCUGGCUAAACAGCUUCUCGUCCUUGAGAUUUGUCAGACUCGAGGACCUUUUCUCCACCAGCCUCCCCCUCCUGCCAGCUGAGUUUGAAGGGUUUGUCCAGAGACAGUGCCAAAUCACCAGAGAAGAACUGAUCCAAAAGUGGUUGCCUCACUGUGCAACACUGUUUGAUGAUUUUAAGGACCUGUGGCUGCAAGUGGCUAAAGUUCGUGCCCAUGAGUUUUUCGACUGCGUGGCAACGCUCAUGUCACUGCAGCUUCGAAGCCUAGUUAUCGAAUCAUUACAGGACCUGCUAUCUGUCUUCACAAUACACGAGGAGGGCAAUGACUUUGGGGAGGUUUUCGAGGAGAUUAAGUAUGUAGAGUGUCAGGUGCUGCUGGUUAAGCUUCAGGUGGUCGAGCCCGACAUUCACUUUAGCCCAAACUUCCAGGAAUGUUGGGAGAUUAUUCGUAGAUCCUUCAUGGAAAUCAUCAACAGUGCUGAGAAACUGCAGAGGGUGGAAUGUAUCCUCUUUCCUGAUAUCAAGGACUUAUACCUUCGCACCGUCAGUCCUGAUGAAUCAUUGGUUAUAAACCUAAUCAACAGAGUUGAGGAUAUUUUCAACAGGAAUACUGUUGGACCUCAAAAGUAUUUGAAUGUGUAUAAGAAAUACCGUAAUCUACAGGACAAUACAGCAAAGCGGGAGAUAUCAGAAAUCCUAGAAGAGAACCACUCGUUAAAGAUUUUUACCAUGAAAAUCGAGAGCAUUAACCACUUGUGGAAGGAGAUUGCCUUGCUGCCUGUGACGGUGCCUCUGUCCAUGUUUUGUCUGUGUGCUGGCAAGCUGAACGAAGACCUGUGUGAGCGCGCCGAGGGACUGAAAGACGAGAUCGUCAUGUUUGAAGUGGAAGAGAACCGAGAGCUUAACAAGGGAAUCUGUCAAAAGUAUGAGGAGAUUACAAAGACCAUCAGAAGCACACCAGCAACAACAGAGGAGUUGGUGUCCCUCACCCAGUUCAUCAAAACGACCAGUGAUGUGACCGUUCACAAGCUGAUAGAUGAGAUUGAAGAAGCGUCGUACCGCCUCAGCUUCCUCCUUGACUAUGCCAUUCUGCCAUCUGAUGACUUGAGGCUGAACUCCCGUGUUUUCCAGUGGCCCAGUCUGAUCCUGAAUGAACUUGAAGACGGCAAGAUUUGUAUGGGCCUAAUCAAAGAACAGACUGAGGACCACAUUCAAAAAAGAAUAUCAGUGUUUGAAAAGAGGCUGAAGGAUGUGGACAAGGAGAUACAGGCCUUUGAGAAAAAAGACAGGAUUACCAUGGAGGAAAUCAAAAAAAAUGUGCUCAAUCUCGCUCAAAUCACUGCCAACCUUGAGUCUGCUAUCACUGAACUAGAGGAUAUCAACAAUGAGCAGACUUUGCUGGAGAUGAACCAGAGCCAAUUCCCAAAGCUGCAAAUCCUGAUAGCUAACAAACUGCCAUAUGAGCAGCUUUGGAGCACAGCCCUAAACUUUCAGAGCAAGUCAGAAGUGUGGAUGAAUGGUCCUUUCCUAGAUCUGGAUGCCGAGAAAAUCUCAGAAGAUCUGGAUGUCAUGCAGAGGACCAUGUAUAAGUUGACCAAGUCUUUUUCUAAUCUUGUGGGGCCUAAUAGUGUGGCCAAAAGCUUCAAAAGCAAGACCGACCAGUUCAAGCAGCACCUGCCCGUCCUAACAACCAUCUGUAACCCCGGCAUCAAAGACAGCCACUGGGAGAAGAUUAGCGGCAUUGUGGGUUUUGAAGUCAAACCGGAAGCUGAGAGCACACUGCUGAGCAUGUUGGACCUGGGGCUUUCCAAGUUCUCUGAUAAAUUGGAGGAGAUUGGAGCGGCAGCCAGUAAAGAGUACUCUCUUGAGAAAACCAUGGAGAAGAUGAAAGCUGAAUGGACUGACCUCCGGUUCAUUUUCAGUCCAUACAGAGAUACUGGUACCAGUAUUGUAUCAGCUGUGGACGACAUCCAAGUGCUCCUGGACGACCACGUUAUUAAGACACAGACCAUGCGAAGUUCACCUUUCAUUAAGCCAAUAGAGACUGAAUGUAAGCAAUGGGAGGACAAGCUGUUGAGUAUGCAGGACAUCAUAGAUUCCCUGUUGAAGUGUCAGGCUACUUGGCUCUACCUUGAACCCAUCUUCAGUUCUGAGGACAUCAUUGCACAGAUGCCGGAGGAGGGACAAAAGUUUGCUGUUGUGGACAGCUGUUGGAACAAUAUCAUCACAGAGGCCGUUAAAGAUACGCGUGUGCUGGUGGCCACAGGCCAGCCUAACAUGCUGGAACGCCUGCAGGAGUCCAAUGUGCUCCUCGACGACGUCCAAAAAGGCCUCAAUACCUACCUGGAGAAGAAGAGGCUCUAUUUUCCAAGGUUCUUCUUUCUGUCGAACGACGAGCUGCUGGAGAUUCUGUCUCAGACCAAAGACCCCCUGUGUGUGCAGCCUCAUCUAAAGAAGUGCUUCGAGGGCAUCGGCAAACUGGAGUUCACAGAGGACCUGCAGAUCAUUGGCAUGAUCAGCUCUGAGAAGGAGACCGUGCCCUUCACAGAAAAUAUUGAUCCAGCCGAAGCCAAGGGUAUGGUGGAGAAGUGGCUACUGCAGGUGGAGAACAUGAUGCUAAAGAGUGUUCGACAUGUCAUCCAUCAAGGAUUGAUUCAAUAUGCAGAGUUGCCCAGAAAGAAGUGGGUGUUGCAGUGGCCGGGCCAAGUUGUCAUUUGUGCUUCCUCCAUCUAUUGGACAACCGAAGUGUCUGAAGCCAUCCAGACCAACUCCCUGCCUGCCUAUGUAGAGAAGUGUAAUGCUCAGAUUUCUGACAUUGUGGAGCUAGUGCGUGGGAAGCUCCCAGGAGGUGCAAGGAUGACACUUGGUGCCCUUACUGUGAUUGAUGUUCAUGCUCGAGAUGUUGUGGCACAACUGGCAGAGGACCGUGUCUCCACACUAAAUGACUUUGCGUGGAUUUCUCAGCUGCGUUACUUUUGGGAGGGCGAUGAUGUGAUGCUGCGCAUGAUCACUACAUACUUGAAAUAUGGCUAUGAAUAUCUGGGAAACUCCCCCCGUCUGGUCAUCACACCACUUACAGACCGCUGCUAUAGAACUCUAAUGGGGGCUUUAAAGUUAAAUUUGGGAGGAGCUCCUGAGGGUCCUGCGGGAACUGGCAAGACUGAGACCACAAAAGAUCUGGCAAAAGCUCUGGCUAAACAGUGUGUGGUUUUUAACUGUUCCGAUGGGCUGGACUACAAAGCCAUGAGUAAGUUCUUCAAAGGACUAGCUCAGUCUGGAGCCUGGGCUUGCUUUGACGAAUUCAAUCGUAUUGAGGUGGAGGUGCUUUCUGUGGUGGCUCAGCAAAUCCUCUGCAUACAACAGGCCGUUGCAAAGGAUCUGAAGACCUUCCUUUUUGAGGGGACAGAGUUAUCACUCAACCCAACCUGCUCUGUCUUCAUCACUAUGAACCCUGGUUAUGCUGGCCGGGCCGAACUCCCUGACAAUCUGAAGGCCCUUUUCCGAACAGUGGCUAUGAUGGUUCCAGACUAUGGUCUCAUUGGAGAGAUCUCCCUAUACUCCAUGGGCUUCAUUGAAUCCCGCAGCCUUGCCCAAAAGAUUGUGGCCACCUACCGUUUGUGCUCAGAGCAGCUUUCCUCCCAGCACCACUACGACUAUGGCAUGCGAGCUGUGAAGUCUGUGCUGACGGCAGCAGGGAAUUUGAAGCUGAAGUACCCAGAGGAGAACGAGAGCGUGCUGUUGCUUCGGGCGCUGAUGGACGUCAACAUGGCCAAGUUUCUGGCACAGGAUGUGCCUCUUUUUCAGGGUAUCAUCUCUGACUUAUUCCCUGGGAUUGUCCUUCCAAAACCAGACUAUGAACUCCUCCUUAACGCUCUCAAUGACAACAUUGCUAAGAUCAACCUCCAGUCUGUCCCAUGGUUCAUUGGCAAAAUCAUUCAGGUGUAUGAGAUGAUGUUGGUACGCCAUGGCUUUAUGAUAGUAGGAGACCCUCUUGGAGGAAAAACUUGUGCUUAUAAGGUCCUUGCUGCUGCCCUUGGAGACCUUUAUCGAGCUAACCUCAUGGAGGAGUUUGCGGUGCACUACUGCAUCAUCAACCCCAAGGCCAUCACCAUGGGCCAACUGUAUGGCUGCUUCGAUCCUGUCAGCCAUGAGUGGUCUGAUGGUGUCCUGGCCAACUCCUAUAGGGAUCAGGCUAUCUCUACCUCAGAAGAUCGACAGUGGAUAAUCUUUGAUGGGCCAAUUGAUGCUGUCUGGAUUGAAAACAUGAAUACUGUGCUGGAUGACAACAAGAAGCUUUGUCUGAUGAGCGGUGAGAUCAUCCAGAUGAGUGCCAAAAUGAGUCUGAUCUUCGAGACUGCCGACCUAGAGCAAGCCUCCCCGGCUACCGUCAGUAGGUGUGGAAUGAUCUACAUGGAACCUCAUCAACUGGGCUGGACUCCACUCAGAGACUCGUAUAUGAACACCCUGCCUCAAAGCCUGAGUCCUGAGCAUAGAGACCUGAUCGUGGACCUGUUUGAUUGGUUAGUUCAGCCCUGUCUGGCCUUUAUAGACCGGGAAUGUCGCUUUGUGCUUCCAACAUCUCCAAUGCAUUUGGCCUUUAGUCUAAUGAGGCUGUACACUUGCCUGAUGGACGAAAUUUCUGCAUCAGGAACCAGUGACGCACAGAGCAUGUCGAGCGAGCAGAUAAGCAUGUGGCUGCAGGGCCUGUUCCUGUUUGCGGUUGUAUGGACUCUGGGUGGAACCAUCACUGGGGGCAGUCGCAAGAAGUUUGACGUCUUCUACCGCAAUCUUAUCAUGGGGGCGGAUGAGGAGCACCCUCGGCCUCAGAGUUUUACACUUAAAAAGAACAACAUCUUCCCUGAGAGAGGCACUGUCUAUGACUUCUACUUCCAUAAAGAUGGACAAGGACAGUGGAACGUAUGGACUGAUUCAAUCACAAGUGAAGAAAGUGUCAUCCCAGAUGGAGCCAAUGUAUCAGACCUGCUCAUUCCAACGAUGGAGACGGCACGUCAGCGUUUUUUCCUGCAUACCUACCUCUCACACGAAAUACCCAUGCUUUUUGUGGGGCCCACUGGCACUGGCAAAUCUGUCAUCAACAACAGCUUCUUGGUGGAGCUGCCUAAGGAGCAGUACACGCCAAACUGUCUCAACUUCUCCGCUCGCACCUCAGCAAAUCAGACCCAAGAUAUUAUAAUGGCAAAGCUGGACCGAAGAAGGAAGGGCGUGUUUGGACCUCCCGUGGGGUGCAAAUGUGUUGUCUAUGUUGAUGACCUAAACAUGCCAGCUAAAGAAAUCUAUGGUGCUCAACCCCCAAUUGAAUUGCUAAGGCAGUGGAUUGACCACCGCCACUGGUACGACAAGAAGGAUACCUCCAGACUGAACAUGGAGGAUAUCCUGUUUAUGGCAGCAAUGGGGCCCCCUGGUGGUGGGAAGAAUGACAUUUCAGGCCGCCUCACUCGUCACUUGAACGUCCUCUCCAUUGAUAGCUUUGAUGAUGAAACACUGACUAAGAUCUUCUGCUCCAUCACUGACUGGCACUUCAGCAAAGGGUUUGAUGCCUCCUUCUCCAGGCUAGGCAAGAUCAUGGUCCAGGCCACAAUGGCAGUCUAUAAAGAUGCCAUUGACUGCUUCCUCCCCACCCCAUCUAAAUCCCACUACAUCUUUAACCUGCGAGACUUUGCUCGAGUGAUACGAGGUGUACUGCUUGUUCCAAACACAAACAUGCUGGAGGGGGACAAACUGAUACGCCUCUGGAUCCAUGAAGUCUACCGUGUCUUUUAUGACCGACUAAUUGACAACAAUGACAAAGAGAUGUUCUUUAGCAUUGUAAAAGAGAGAACCAUGGAUGGCUUUAAGCUGAGUUUGGAAAAGCUCUUGAGCCAUCUCAGCCCAGACGGCAUAGUAGUAGAUGAGUGCAUCCGUAGCUUGUUCUUCGGUGACUAUGCCAAGCCUGAUUCUGACAGUAGGGCCUACGAUGAAAUCACAGACUUGCAGGCCUUGCAAGAUGUGAUGGAGUUUUACCUGAAUGAGUACAACUCCUGCAGCAAGUCGCCCAUGUCUCUCGUUAUGUUCAAGUUUGCCAUUGAGCACAUUUCCCGCAUCUGCCGUGUGCUGAAACAAGACAACGGCCACCUUCUACUCGUCGGCAUCGGUGGCUCAGGGCGUCAGAGCGCCUCUAAGCUGGGCACCUUCAUCAACGAUUACAUCUUGUUCCAGAUUGAGUUGACCAAAAACUACAGCAUGUCAGACUGGAGAGAUGACCUGAAGCGGCUGAUGAUAAAAGCAGGAAUUGAGGGCAAGAACUUAGUGUUCUUGUUUAAUGAUAGCCAAAUUAAGGAUGAGGCCAUGUUGGAAGACAUCAAUAUGCUGCUUAACACUGGUGAUGUGCCUAACAUCUUUCCUGCUGAUGAACGUGCUGAAAUCAUUGACAAAAUGCAGGGAAUCGCCCGGAUGGAAGGCAAAAAGAUCGAUGCUACCCCUCUCUCCAUGUACAACUUCUUUAUUGACCGUGUCAAGACGAACCUUCAUAUUGUGCUAGCCAUGAGUCCCAUCGGAGACUCAUUUAGGAACCGUCUUAGGAUGUUCCCCUCCCUUAUCAACUGCUGCACCAUUGACUGGUUUCACGCAUGGCCAACUGAUGCUCUGGAGAUGGUGGCCCAUAAGUUUCUCGAGGAUGUGGAGAUGGACAGUGAAGUCAGACUACAGGUGGUGGAGAUGUGUAAGACCUUCCAGACAAGUGCUGGGGAGAUAUCUCAGAGUUACUUCUCCACAUUAAGGCGACACAACUAUGUCACGCCCACCUCCUACCUUGAACUCAUCCUCACCUUUAAGACUCUGCUCAAUGCCAAGAGGAAUGAAGUUGACACUGCAAGGAACCGCUAUAUCGUAGGUCUCGAGAAACUGGACUUUGCUGCAUCUCAGGUGUCAGUUAUGCAGCUGGAGCUGACAGCCUUGCAGCCAGAGCUUAUCAAGACCUCAGCUGAGACGGAUAAGAUGAUGGUUAAGAUAGAGGCGGAAACAGUGGAGGUGGAUGCCAAGAAAGAACUUGUGUCUGCUGAUGAGAAAGUGGCUAAUGAUGCAGCAGCGGCAGCUAAAGCCAUCAAGGAUGAGUGUGAAGGAGACCUGGCAGAGGCGCUGCCUGCGCUGGCCGCUGCCCUGUCGGCCCUGGACACCUUAAAACCUGCCGACAUUACAGUAGUUAAGUCUAUGCAGAACCCACCUGGUCCAGUCAAACUCGUCAUGGAGUCCAUAUGUAUCAUGAGGAGCAUUAAACCUGAGAGAAAACCUGAUCCUUCCGGCUCAGGUAAGAUGGUUGAGGACUUCUGGGGGCCUUCGAAGAAGCUCCUGGGAGACCUGAAGUUUUUGGAUAUCCUCAAAGACUACAACAAAGAUAACAUCCCUGCCGCUAGCAUCAAGAAGAUCAGAGAAAAAUUUAUCGAUAACCCUGAAUUCCUGCCCUCUGUUAUUAAAAAUGUCUCCUCGGCUUGCGAGGGUCUCUGUAAAUGGGUGCGGGCGAUGGAAGUGUACGAGCGCGUCGCCAAAGUGGUAGGCCCAAAAAAGGAGAGACUGAAGCUGGCUGAGGAUGAGCUGUCAGUACAGAUGGAAAUGUUGAAUAUAAAGAGAGCUGAGCUGAAAACAGUCGUGGAUAGACUGCAGAGCUUGAACGAUGACUUGGCGGCCAUGAUUAACAAGAAGCAAGAGCUGGAAGACAACAUUGAAUUGUGUUCUCAGAAGCUUAUCAGGGCAGAGAAGCUGAUUGGAGGACUGGGUGGAGAGAAGGACAGGUGGACAGAGGCUGCGAGGCUACUCGGGAUCAGAUAUAUCAAUCUGACAGGUGACAUACUCCUCUCUUCUGGAACUGUGUCUUACCUUGGGGCAUUCACAGUGGAUUAUCGUACAGAGUGCCAGGAACAGUGGCGCAUCGUGUGCAAAGAUAAGAAAAUCCCCUGCUCUGAGGACUUCACCCUCAGCAACACUCUAGGUAACCAGGUGUCUAUCAGAUCGUGGCAGAUUGCUGGGCUGCCAGUGGACUCCUUCUCAACAGACAAUGGUAUCAUUGUGUUUAACUCCCGUCGCUGGCCCCUAAUGAUUGACCCUCAAGGUCAAGCCAACAAGUGGAUCAAGAACAUGGAGAAGGCAAACAAGCUUGCUGUCAUCAAACUAUCUGAUGACAACUACGUGAGAGUUUUGGAGAACAGCAUCCAGUUUGGUACUCCUGUUCUUUUGGAGAAUGUUGGAGAAGAACUGGAUCCCGUUCUUGAACCCGUGUUGCUCAAGCAGACCUUCAAACAGCAAGGCGUGGAAUACAUGAAAAUCGGAGAGAACAUUGUGGAAUAUUGUAAAGACUUUUUGUUCUACAUGACCACUGGACUGAGGAACCCUCACUAUCUCCCUGAGGUGGCUGUCAAAGUCUGCCUACUGAACUUUAUGAUCACUCCACAGGGCUUACAGGACCAGCUUUUAGGGCUCGUAGUGGCCAAAGAGAAACCAGAGUUGGAGGAGAAGAAGAACCAGCUCAUUCUGGAGAGUGCGGCCAACAACAAGCAGCUGAAGGAAAUUGAGGAUAAGAUCCUGAAAGUGCUCUCCUCUUCCGAAGGGAACAUCCUCGAAGAUGAGACCGCAAUUAAGAUUCUGUCCUCUUCCAAGAUUCUCUCCGAGGAGAUCUCUGAGAAGCAAAAAAUCGCCGGUGUCACUGAGAGAGAGAUUGAUGACACUCGCAUGGGCUAUCGUCCUGUGGCUGAGCACUCAUCCAUCUUGUUUUUCUGCAUCUCAGAGCUGGCCAACAUUGAGCCUAUGUACCAAUACUCUCUGACCUGGUUCCUCAACCUCUACCUGCAUUCCAUCGCCGAGAGCUUGGAGAGUGACGAUCUGGCCGAGAGAAUCAACAACAUUGUCGAACACUUUACCCUCUGCAUCUACAAUAACGUCUGCCGCUCACUUUUUGAGAAGGAUAAGCUGCUCUUCUCCCUGUUGCUCACCGUAGGCAUAAUGCAGGGUAAGGACCAAGUUGAUGACCAAGUGUGGCGCUUCCUCCUAACAGGUGGCAUCGCUUUGGAUAACCCUUAUCCCAAUCCAGCUCCAGAGUGGCUGUCUGAAAAAUCUUGGUCUGAGAUUGUCAGGGCCUCUAAACUUCCAAACCUGAAAGAUUUAUUUGAACAUGUCCGAGACCAUAUUCGCAAAUGGAAGAAGCUUUAUGAUUCCGGACAGCCCCAUAAAGACCAGUUGCCCGACCAGUGGAGUGAGUUGGUGGGGAUGGACCGAAUGCUUGUGAUAAGAUGCUUUAGGUCAGAUAAACUUGUUCCAGCAGUGCAGGAUUUUAUAGUGGAUAACAUGGGACAGGCCUUCAUUGAACCGCCUCCCUUCGACCUGGCAGGGAGCUACAAAGACUCGAACUGCUGCUCUCCUCUUAUCUUCGUUUUGUCAGCAGGAUCCGAUCCAACUGCAGGUCUUCUGAAGUUCGCAGAUGACCUAAAAAUGGGGGGCAAUAAGACCCAAACCAUUUCCCUUGGGCAGGGACAGGGACCCAUAGCCGCGCAGAUGAUUUACAAAGCCAUCAAACAGGGUACCUGGGUGGUGCUGCAGAACUGCCACCUGGCCACCAGCUGGAUGCCCGCUCUGGAGAGGAUCUGUGAGGAAACCAUCAACCCGGAGAACACAAACUCUAACUUCAGGUUGUGGUUGACCAGUUACCCGUCAGACAAGUUCCCAGUCAGUAUCCUGCAGAAUGGGCUGAAGAUGACCAAUGAACCUCCGAAAGGAAUAAGAGCCAACCUGAUGCGCUCUUAUCGCAGUCACCCCAUCUCUGACCCUGCCUUCUUUGAAAGCUCCAAAAAACAAGACAUUUGGCAGAAGCUCCUGUUCGGACUCACCUUCUUCCAUGCAUUGGUGCAGGAACGGAGGAACUUUGGACCUCUGGGUUGGAAUAUUCCCUAUGAGUUCAAUGAGUCUGACCUGAGGAUCAGUAUGAGGCAGAUCCAGAUGUUCCUGGAUGAGUAUGAAGAUGUUCCACUGGCAGCCCUCACAUAUCUCACAGGUGAAUGCAACUAUGGAGGCAGGGUGACGGACGACAAAGACAGACGUCUGCUGAUCUCGCUCCUGUCCAUCUUCUACAGUUGGGAUCUGAUAGAUCGGGACUGCUACCACGUGUGUGAGGGAGAUCUGUAUUACGUCCCAGUUCAUGGCCCCUAUGAGACGUAUGUAGACUACAUUCGCGGUCUACCGAUUGGUGCCGAUCCUUGUGUGUUUGGACUUCACAGCAACGCCGACAUCACAAAGGAUAACCAAGAGACCAAUCUGCUCCUGAAUGGAGUGCUGUCAACUCUGCCGAGGCAGACCGGAGGCGGGGCUAAGUCUCCCCAGGAAGUAGUCGAUGAGCUUGCAGAAGACAUACUGUCUAAGCUGCCUGCAGACUUUGACGUACAAAUGGUGAUUGAGCUGUACCCUGUCGUCUAUGAGGAGUCUAUGAAUACGGUUUUGAGGCAGGAAAUAAUCCGCUUCAACAGACUCACACAAGUGGUGCGGGUCAGCUUGGUGAACAUCCAGAAAGCCUUGAAGGGCCAGAUUGUCAUGUCUUCUGAACUCGAGAGCGUUUUCAACAGCAUGCUAUUGGGCAAGGUGCCUGCCGUGUGGGCGGCCAAGUCGUACCCUUCGCUGAAGCCAAUGGGGAGCUACGUGACUGAUCUGUUAGCCAGACUGCAUUUCCUCCAAGAUUGGAUAGAUAGAGGCCCGCCGACAGUCUUCUGGCUUUCUGGCUUUUACUUCACCCAGUCAUUUCUCACCGGAGUGUCUCAGAAUUUUGCCAGGAAGUACACCAUCCCCAUAGACUACAUCGGCUUCGAAUUUGAGGUCACCAAAGAGGAGACCGACAUGGAUGAGAAGCCAGAGGACGGAGCCUACGUCAAGGGCCUUUUCAUGGAGGGCGCCCGCUGGGACCGGGAGAACAUGGUCAUCGGAGAAUCCCUCCCCAAGAUCCUCUUUGAUACUUUACCCAUCAUCAAGCUCAGACCCGGAGAAAUGUCCAAGUUUCUACAUGAAAACAUCUACGUUUCUCCAGUGUACAAAACCAGCGCUCGCAGGGGGACCCUGUCCACCACAGGCCACUCCACCAACUAUGUCCUGUCCAUCGAACUGCCCUCUGACAAGCCGCAGAAACACUGGAUUAACCGCGGGGUGGCAUGCCUCUGCCAGCUGGAUGACUGAGCAAAAGAUACAGCGGAUUUUAUAAACUACUAUUUACGGAAGCGUAAAAAAAUGGAUCAGUAUCAUGUUAUCUUGUGAACUUUCACAUUAUAACGUAAAACUUUUCACGUCAUUUCGUGAAAACGUUCAGGUUAUAACGUGAAAACUUAGGCCUAUAAACUGCUGGGGGAACUCCCAUCAUGCACUGAGCAUCUCCCUCACUCUCACUCUCUUCUCUGCCCCCAUGUAUUAACAUUACAUGUCACAAACUCUGUUUUUUCUCUACCCUAGUGCAGGUAUCACAGACUUUCCAGAUCAAUAGCUAACAAACGAAACGUUAAAACAAAAGCGCAGCCGCCUCCCAGUCAGAGUUAGGUACACAAUGAGCUACAGCAUAGUAAAGUACUUCAGUAGCCCCCAUGCGCUUUAUUAAAAUCCUUCUUUGUGUACUCUUAUCACAAUAUUAUCCACCGCACGCCAAGCCCGCAGAAUGUCGCAAAGCCUCAACCCAAGCAUGAAGUAAAACUUUAUCAAAUCGUGUAAAUGAGCCAUACGCAGAAGUCUUGAAGAAGACAUUGUUGUUUCUAUAUAUUUGUUUUCUUUGAACCGAUGUUCUUUAUACAUAUUCUGUGACUGUGGAUUUGUGGAAAUUAUCUGUCACAUAUAUUUAGCUGUUUUCCUGGGUGCUGCCUCUUGGUCUGGAAUCCAGAAGAUAACUAAACAACUCUAAAGGGACUUAUGGGGGCUUAAGUUCAUUUCAUAGAUGUACUUGUAGGCUGAUUUAUUUUCUGAUGUUUCAAGACAAUCGUCUCCCAAGGUUUCACACCAAACACACUUAAAACAUGUGUUUGCACUACUGCACAGGGUUACUUUCUAAAUCCCUCUAUUUUGUUUCAAAGUUGGUGGUGGGCUUUUAUAAAAAUUUAUGAGGGAUGUAAGUAAACUGAAUCUGUGUUCCUUUAAGAGCAGCUGCCGUCUAGCAAAAAACAUCCAUGCUUCAGGACCGUCUGCGUGAUAAAAAUCGGUGCCAUAGGGUCUGUAGAGUAUUUAUUCUGAUUGUUAAAAUCCCAGUUUCACAAUGCACGAGUGCAGAUGUGAUGAAGCAGAAUUUAGACACAGGUCCAGCACCUACAGGUGUUCUCCAGGCAAACACCAGAGAGCAGCAAAGGCACACCAGUAUAUUCCACAGGUGUCUCAUCUUUAGAUGGAAGUGAGGCGCAGAGAGUGUUUGAUGACGCUCAACAAAUGUUGAAAGUCUUUCACAUCCGAUCACAUCUUCGAAUGAGAUGCAGUCUGAAGACAGAGACCUGAUAUGGGUUAGCCCGCGAGUAUGGGAAUGAUUUUCUGCCCCAACGAAGCAGAUUCAUGACUUAAUCAUGUAAAUGCUGAGAUUCGGCACUGGAUUAAUGCAUAUUCUCUCCACGCCGGGCUUAGCAUUGUAACAUGGGGCGGCACAAAUCACCACCGGGCCCCAGUUUGACAAACCUCUGUGGAAAAGAAGGUGUUUGCAUUGAAAUUCUGGUGGUAGAGUUUCACACACGCGGCCCCGUGGCUUGACGUCACAAAGGCCUGCGAGUGGUGCUGCCAGGCUGGUGCUGUGUUUAUGCCAGCAUUUGCUUGAUGUUUCUCUGUAGUCAGCAGUUCACAUAAUUCAUCUGAAUUCAGCUGCUGCAUCAAUAGAUUAGAGUACAUACAUAUUGUAGCAUUGUAUCCAUGUAUAUAAUAAAAUGCAGCUGUGGAA